GAUCCCGAGCCCGGGGGUGAGUGUGCCAGCGCGCAGAUGCGCAAGUUGUCUGGAAUAACGCUGGUCACGUGACUUCCUGCGGCGACACAGAGUGGUGCUGCAGUUUCUCAUCGGGAGCGCUCGGUGCGCGGUGUGGAAAUUCCGUCAUGAACCGAACCACGGAGGCAUUUAGCUGCACUCUAAAAACGGCACGUGAAUCGCUGCGCCCACGGUGAAUGAUAACCUAUCGGCGCAAACCAGUGGAUUACCAGCUUCCUCGCUGGGGGAUUUAAAACAAGCUCGAUUCUGAGGGAGAAGUUUGCUCAGUGUGUCGAGUGGAGGUGAACGGGACACCAGCAGCGAGCAUGGCGGAGAGAAGUGGCCGGUUGAGCUUUCCUGGGAGCGGGGCCCUAAACAGACCCGUGCCUAUGAACCUUUUCGCUACCUGGGAGAUUGACGGCUCCUCUCCUAACUGCAUCCCCAGGUUGUGCAGUCUGACGUUGAAGAAGCUAGUUGUGAUGAAGGAACUUGACAAAGAGCUGAUUUCUGUCGUCAUUGCGGUUAAGAUCCAGGGUUCAAAGAGAAUCCUGCGUUCUCAUGAGAUAGUGCUUCCCCCUGCUGGUGGGGUGGAGACUGAUCUUGCACUUACAUUCUCACUUCAGUACCCUCAUUUUCUAAAAAGAGAAGGAAAUAAGUUACAAAUCCUGCUUCAGAGGAGGAAGAGGUACAAAAACCGAACAAUUUUGGGUUACAAGACAUUGGCUGCUGGUUCGAUAGACAUGGCCGAGGUAAUGCAGCAUCCUGCAGAAGGUGGGCAGGUCUUGGCUCUGUGCAGUAACCAGAAAGAGUUUCUGGGUAAAGUUGCAGAGAUUUGGAUCUAUUCCCUGUCCAGUCAGCCAAUAGACCACGAAGAAGCAGCCAUUUUGGGACAGAAAAUGAAGUGUUCUGAUAACUACUCUGAAGAAGAGUAUGAAAGCUUUUCAUCUGAGCAGGAGGCCAGUGAUGAUGCAGCACAGGGACAGGAUCUAGAGGAUGAUGAGUACGAGAUAAGGAAACCCAAAAAGCAAAGGAGGUCCAUAGUCCGGACAACAUCGAUCACCAGGCAGCAGAACUUUAAGCAGCGUGUUGUAGCAUUACUGAAACGGUUCAGAGUUUCUGAUGAGGUGCUGGACUCGGAGCAGGACCCAGCUGAGCCACCUCCAGAAGUUGAGGAAGAUCUGGAUCUGGAGAGUUUGGAGUUUGAGAAUCCAAGUGACAGUGGACCAGACCUGGAUGAUGAUGAAAGUGUACUAAGCACACCAAAACCACAACUCAAGCCAUAUUUCGAAGGGGUUUCUCUCUCAAGUUCUCAGACGGAGAUCGGCAGUAUUCACAGCGUCCGCAGUCACAGGGAGCCUCCCAGUCCGAUGGAUCCUGAUAAAAGGAGGGCUUCAAGUGGGAAGUUUCAAAUGGAUAAUGAGUCUGAUAAAGUUUCACUGGGUAAUCCUGAGGUCGUGACCCCAACAACAGAGUUGGAGAUGUUGGACAACAUGGAUUAUUUCUUGGAAAGGUUGCCCCCUACUGGCAGGAUGACCAAAACAGAAUCACUAAUCAUUCCAUCCAACCGGGUGGAGCCAAAGUUGGCAGGGCGACGGGGACGGAGCACAUCUCUUAAAGAGAGACACACAAGUCGACCGCCCAAUGAGAGAGCCAACAGUCUAGACAACGAGCGCUCGAUGGACACACGCUGCCAUCUACAGAUUCCACGCAAAACUGUUUAUGACCAGCUGAACCACAUCCUGGUGUCAGACACCCAUCUUCCUGACAGCAUUAUCCUCAUCAACACCUCUGACUGGCAGGGCCAGUAUGUAUCGGAGGCGUUACAAAAUCACGGACUUCCCGUAGUGUGUACGUGCACCACGGCCGACGUAAAUGCUGCUUUCAGCACCAUCAUCUCACGCAUACAGAGAUUCUGUAACAGUAACUCCGUGACUCCGUCUCCAGUGCGGAUUGGAGUAGCCGGACCGCAGCAUUACCUGUCUGUUGUUCUGCGUUUGUUUGUGGAUCACCUGACACAUAAAACACCCGACUGGCUCGGAUACUUGCGAUUCCUCAUCAUCCCUCUCGGAGUUCAUCCAGUGGCUAAAUAUCUGGGAAGUAUAGACUACAGAUAUAACAGCCUGUUUCAGGACUCGGCAUGGAGAGAUCUUUUCCACAAACCAGAAGCUCCAAAUUCAGUUCAGGACAGUCCUGAUGUUGUUUCUAGGGUAACACAGUAUAUGCUGGGAGCAAAUGGAGCUCAUCAGCUACCCAUAGCAGAGGCAAUGCUCACAUACAAGCAGAAGAGCCCCUAUACUGAGUAUUGUGAUAUCUCCAGUUCAUUGUUCUUCAACCCUGAUGAAGACUCAUGUCAGAAGUUCAUUCCUUUUAUUGGGGUGGUAAAAGUGGGAAUUGUUGAACAAACGUCUGCCACGUCUGGCGAUUCAGAUGACGCUGCCACUUUGGGGCCUGCUCAUCUCUCCUCCACCCCUCCUGCACAGAUCUCCCCAUUACUAAAAGAAGCAUCUCCAACACCUCCCUCUUCUCCUUCUGUACACAUAGUGUCCAGUUCACAUGGAGGUGGCCAGGGUGAGCUGAUGGGACUUCAAGUCGAUUACUGGAUUGCUCCAUCAGAAAGAAAAAAGGAAUUGGAAAAGAAAGACUCCUCUGCCAAAAACACACUCAAGUGCACCUUCCGUUCCCUGCAGGUUAGCCGCCUCCCACUAAGUGGAGCAGAGAUGACGCAUCAGCCAACCAUGUCCAUGACCGUCGUCACCAAAGAGAAGAACAAGAAGGUGAUGUUUCUGCCUAAAAAGACCAAGGAUAAGGAGUCGGAGUCUAAGAGUCAAGUGAUCGAGAGCAUCAGUCGCCUCAUCUGCACAGCUAAACAACAGCAGACCAUGCUGAAAGUGUUGAUAGAUGGAGUGGAAUGGAACGAUGUGAAGUUUUUUCAGCUCGCCGCUCAGUGGUCGUCUCACGUGAAACAUUUUCCCCUUGCCAUUUUCGGACCCUCCAAAGGGCCUUACUGAUACCCACCUGUAUUCACUCCUCUUUGCUACGGCUGCCUUUACACUCAGUGCUGCCUGAUGUUUUAUUUCAAUAUCUGCUUUUCACGGUUCGCAUCUGUUUUUUAUUUUGAGACACUGAUUUUUCUUUUAUGAAUAUAUUCUUUUAUGACUCUAGAACCCACCGGUGUUUAUAGUAAAAUGAAGACUAAUGAACUGAUUCCUUAAACUGAUUUAACUCCGUAACUAGUGAGUUUUAUUCCCAUUCUGCGAAGCCGUUUCAACACAUCUCAACAUCAGCACACUCGUGAAAGAUCAAAGCAACGAAAGACAACACGGUGCCUGUGUCAUGCAACAAAUGAGAGAAUCUAAAUCAAAUUUGAUUUUCUAUUUGGAGUUCCUGUGUGAAUCCUUUCCCCAGCCAGACGACUCCAGAUUGUACAGACGGUUGAUGAAGAGAACCUGAUGUUCUCCUUUUGUCCUCCAUUGUUUUGUUUUUUUUGCACCAUACUGACUCUUUCUAUCCAGUUACACAAUUAUUUGUGUGCUGUAGAAUUUGAAGGCUUUAAUGUGGGUUAGUUUUAUCUGUGUGUAUGUGUAUGUGAGUGUAUUCACUGAAGGUACUGAACGCUAAAGCACUUUUUAAACAUUACUAGAUUGUGUUUUUGUUAUAAUGCUUAUUGUUCACUCCAGCUAAAAACUGCAGCCAAGCCUUGUGGGAACUCUGCAGAAUCUGACAGAAUCUGAGCUGAGUGUCUGUGAUCGUGUCUACAUUAGACGGGCCGCUGUCACACCUGCACUCUUUAAAAACGUAUUUUUUAAUGUAACCGUUUUUUAAAAUUUGAUGUAUGUUUUCUUUUGUUUUUGGGCUUGGGGGAUUGUUAGAAAUCCAAUGUUUCCUUUAGCUGUGUGUGCUGUAUUAGAUUUAGAAAAGUGUGCCUAAAAACUGGUCUGCUGCAGCAGCUUUGAAAGGGAGAAACUUAGCAAAUAUGUCAAAAGCAUGCCUGGGUCAUGUUCCACCCCAAAAAAAAAAAAAAAAAAAAAUUAAACUUGAAGUUAUAUUUCGAUUAAAGACAAGCCUGUUAUUCACAAAGAUUAAGAUUUAAUGCAACAUAAUGCAAAAACUUAUUCUUAACCCUAAAGUAUACAGUAUAUUUUUACUGUAAUCCACAAAAGAAAUCUAACUACAGAACAAUGAGACAUAAUUGCAAAACACUUUUGGGGUUGAAAUGUGACAUGGACAUGUUUUUGUGUGAUUUAACAUUUAAAAUAAAAAAGCCACAUAAAUAUGACAUUAAUCUCACUAAAUGUAGCAUAAGAAUUAAUGUGUGCAUUUGCCACCUGCAGGUGUCAUGAGCACAUCUCAGUGUUAUGAAGGGAUUCGAAAUACAGUUUUUAUAAGGCCUUUAAUAGAGGUCUUUUUCUUGCAGGGUUAUUGUUUGAUUUGUUUAUUACUCAUUUGUAACUCAAAUUUAAUUGUGCCUCACUUGCUCCUUAGAAUGCCAUCCCAAUGAGGGAACUAUCCCAAUAUUCAGCUCAUUGACACACACUUGUUAUUCUUGUUAUAGGUAACCAGUGUUUCUGGUCAUUAGAAGUUUGGUAGAGUUUAAUGGAAAUAUCUUGUGCUUGCCCAGACUGUAAAAGGGUCAUAAUUUAUCAUAAUAUGUAAGGAGUUGUGCUAAUAUGUCGGCUUAUAGUUCAAGAUGUGCUAAAGGACUGUCUCUUUGCCGUUAAAAAUUAUACCUGCCACUAGUAUUAGUUUUUUAUUAUUAAAAAUAUAAUUUAAAGAUAUUUUAGCUUUUUAAUUUAAAUAUCCUGCUCCAAUUGAGGGGCAUUUCUUGGAUAAAUGUGCAUUUGUAAGAAAUACUGUUGAAAAAAUACUACCACUGUAAUUCCUUAACUGGAAUUUAAUAAAACUACACGUACUAAAAA